UGCGCAUGCGCAGCAGCUCAGGCAGCGCACAGCAUGGCGAUCGACGGUGGGACAUGUACACUGAUCAUCAGGGCACUGAUGAUCAGUGUGCCCUGAUGAUCAGUAUAGCCCCAGCAGUGCCACCUGUCAGUGUCCAUCAGUGCCUUAUGUCAGUGCUUCGUGCCAGUGCCCAUCAGUGCCACAUAUCAGUGCCUACCAGUGCACAUCAAUGCCACAUAUCAGUGCCCAUCUGAGCUGCCUUUCAGUGUCACCCAUCAGUGCCAGUCAGUGCCACCUGUCAAUGCCAAUCAGUGCCACCUAUCAGUGCCAGCCAGUGCCGCCUAUCAGGGCCAGUCAGUGCUGCCUAUCAGUGCGCAUCAGUGCCGCCUAUCAGUGCCUGGCAGUGCCGCCUAACAGUGCC